AAAGGAUUAUAUAACUGAAGAGUAGAAAUGAAGAAGUCUAUUAUUUAAAGAAAACAAAAACCAAAACAGCUUCGACUUUAUCUGCGACCAAACCAAAUAAACACAACACCCACGAGUUCUUCAUCAACACAAAAAGCUCUCUCCUUCUCUUGGCACACGCAGGAAUGGCAAAGAGUUAUUUCAAGCAAGAGCAUGAUCUUGAGAAGAGGAGGGCAGAGGCUGCUAGGAUCAGGGAGAAGUACCCAGAUAGGAUUCCGGUGAUUGUGGAGAAGGCAGAAAGAAGUGAUAUACCAAACAUAGACAAGAAAAAGUACCUUGUUCCGGCUGACCUGACUGUGGGGCAGUUUGUCUAUGUCAUCCGCAAAAGGAUCAAGUUGAGCGCAGAAAAGGCAAUCUUUAUAUUUGUGGAUAAUGUCCUCCCACCAACAGGUGCUAUCAUGUCUGCCAUAUAUGAAGAGAAAAAGGAUGAAGAUGGGUUUCUCUAUGUUACCUACAGUGGAGAGAACACUUUCGGAACUCAGAUUCCACUGUAGCCAUCUGUGGUUGCCUCGUUUCUUUCCUGGUUUCACCAAAUUUGAUUUCAUAACUAUUGUCUACAUCGCCAUGUGUCAAUAGUUCUUUAUUCUGCCUAAAUAUACAUAUAUUUCCAGUCAUGUAUAUAAGCUUGACAAAUCCUUUCAAUCUUAAAUCAUCUUUAAUACUUCUUCA